AUGGGCAAAAGAAAGGCCAAUGGCGACGCAGAAAUUCCAUCCAAGGACAAAAUGGACGUCGAUGGCGAAGACAGCGGCAGCGAGGACGUAAGCCAUAAAAAUCAAACCCUCACGACAAAAAAUAAAACAAAAAUCUAAAUAACACGUCUCCAGGACACCGACCUGCUCAACGUCGACUUCGAAUGGUUCGACCCCCAACCGGCCGUCGACUUCCACGGCCUCAAAACCCUGCUCCGCCAACUCUUCGACGUGGACAACCAGCUCUUCGACCUCUCCGAGCUAGCGGACAUGAUCCUCGCCCAACCCUUACUGGGCAGCACGGUGAAAUGCGACGGCAACGAGAGCGACCCGUACGCUUUCCUCACGGUUCUCAACCUCCACCAACACCGCCAGAAGAAAGUCAUCCAGCAACUGACCGAAUACCUUCUGAACCGAACAAAACCCCAGCAAGCUCUCCAUCAACACCUCCAGACCCUCUUGUCCCCGGACGCCGCCUCGGCGCAAAUCGGGCUGAUUCUCACGGAGCGAUUCAUCAACGUGCCCCACCAGAUCGUCCCGCCCAUGUACAACAUGCUACAGGAAGAAAUCCAAUGGGCGCUGGAAGAGAAUGAACCCUAUCACUUCUCGCACUACCUCGUCAUCUCCAAGACGUAUUCCGAGGUCGCGUCGAAACUGGACGCGGAGGAGAAUCCUCCCUCGAAGAAGAAGAAGGCUGCGGAUUCGCUGGCGGAGACUUUUUAUUUUCAUCCCGAGGAUGAGGUGUUGCAGAAGCAUGCGUUGGGCUAUGGAAAUUUCGAGUAUGAGAGGCAGGGGGAUGAGGGCGCGAGUGAUGCGAAGAGGACGUUCUCGGAGCUGGGUGUGAAGCCGCAGGGCCAUUUGAUUUUGUUGGAGGGGAAGAAUUUUGCGGAUGCUGUCAAGGCUGUCGGGGAGUACCUGAGCGGCGAGUAG